AUGCAGCGAAGUCAGUGGCUCUUCACAUCUCUUUCUUCUUCUUUAUUUCACCCAACGGCUCUGCGGCGGCAGUGCGGUAGUGGUGGCUGCGGUGGGUGUGGCGGCAUCUCCAACAUUGAGAACUUCGCAAAAAUAUUUUCAGACGCGCAGAAAAACGCCUCUGGUGGUGGCCCUAACGCUGAUUUGUUUGAUGGUCGCUUUAUGGGCGGAAGUCCCACGAUGGAUCCAUCUAUGCUGCAGAAUAUGCACCAGACAUUAAAACAAUCUCUCACACCGGAGAUGCGGGAUUCCAUGCGAGCUAUGAUGGAGGGUUUACAAAGAGGCGAUGGACUGCCGCAAAUGGGAAUGAUGGCAUUUGGUGUGGGUGAGAAUGAAAAGGGAAAGAAGGUGGCAAGAGGUGCAAAGUUGGCAUAUGAUCCAAACACGGGAAAGUUUACGAAAGAUUUUGUGGAGAAACAAAUAGAGGAAGAUGAUCCAAUGUUGUCUAGUGGAAAGACUGAACACUACAAGGCAGAGGAUGAUAUUGAGGUACAGUUUGAAGAGGAUGCAAAACAACAUGCAGGGAAGGCUCCAGAGAAAAUAGCUGAAAUGGAGGUUACAGUUGAAGAACCGUUAGGGAAUACCAACCGGGGCAGUAAUGAUGGAAGAAAGUAA